AUGGUGGAUAAGAAAUGGGGUGCUCAAAGUGACGUGGUGGUGGAGGCGGCCGACGAUGUUAGUCUCGCGAAGAUGCUGCCGGACUAUUGCCAAGACGAACUCAAGGCGCGAGCGCGAGUCGACAGCAUUAACCAGCUCAAUCCCUGGAUAUUACGUCCGAAGACGGUGACCGAAAAGCAACGAGGAACACUCCAGUACGGUCCCAACGGCGCCGUCCAUAUCCGCACAAAGUUGAAGCUCGCCUGGAAGAUAAUCUUGCUCCUUGCCACUGUAGCUCUUGUCUGCUUCUACGGCGUGGGCAUCAUCGCGACUAACACCACUUUCGCGCCACUUUACAAGAAGUACUUUUUCUGGAUCGCCAUCGGUUGGUCGCUGAUAUCGAGUGCAUUGCUGAUGUGGCUGGUCAUUGCGCUUGGUGCGUCGACACGAGAUUUCGUGGGUGUAUUCCUGACGGGGCUUGGUCUAUGGUUGGUUGUGAUACAGAUUGGUCAGACUCAUCUCCUCACACAAGCUCAGGAUGGCAGCAAUUUGGUACAGUAA